AUGAACAUGAAAUUGAACCCUCAAAAGUGCAUAUUUGGGAUAGAGCAAGGAAAAUACCUAGGGCAUAUCAUCAUAAAGGAUGGCAUAAAGGCAAACCCCAAAAAAGUAGAAGUGCUGCUAAAAAUGCGAUCACCAAGGGUGGUGAAAGAAGUACAAGCACUUAAUGGAAAACUUCCAGCAUUAGGAUGGUUCUUGGCAAAGUUUGCUGAGAAAACAUACACUUUCUACAAAAAAUUAAAGAGAUUAUUGGAUAAGAAGACUUUCUAUUGGAUGGAAGAAGCUGACAGUGCAUUUUGCAAACUCAAGGUGGCGUUCGGUGAGCUUCCCACCUUGACAUCGCCAAUACCAGGAGAGAAAUUUGGAAGACAAGCUAAAUGGGCAAUGGAACUAGGAGAGCACGAAAUCAUUUUCAAGCCACGAACCAACAAAAAAGCACAGACAUUUGUAGAAUUUAUCACCGAAAUAGCAGGCCAGAGGGAAGUGUCGUCGAUACUUGAGUUAGAUAGCAAGACUAAAGACAUGAAUGGAAUACAAGAAAAUCAAUGGAGGCUAUGUUCUGAUGGAUCCUCUUACAUAGAAGGCGCAAGAAUUGGACUAAUAUUAACAAGCCCAAAUGGGGAAGAAAUGACCUACGCGUUAAUAUUGGACUUUCAAAGCUUUAGAUUAGAACAUGUGUCGAGAUCGAAGAACAAAUGCGCUGAUGCAUUAAGAAAGCUUGCUUCAUCCACUUUUCCCCAUCCAACCAAGAAAAUAUUGGUAGAAAUAGUACACGUAAAAGCAAUAGACGAAAAGCCGGUAAUGUCAAUAGUAGAAGAAACAAACGACUGGAGGAAACCAAUAAUGGAAUACCUAAAGAAGGGAAAGCUACCUGCGGAUGACAAGGAAACUAAGAAGCUAAGGGUUAAGCUACCAUCCUUUGUAGUGGAUGAAGGCAUAUUGUAA